AUGUCGGAGGGAUACGCCCCUACAACACCUUUGGAUUCAGAUCAUGAAGGAGCUGGAGAACCGCCUGAUGAAGAGCCACCUUCUGGUUCUGCUGGACCUACAGGUCCUAUAGUGCUGCUCCUGGUUUGGCUUCCAAGGCAAUGGCGAGACCGACUUCCUCUACUUCGACUCCUGGACAUCAACAUCAAGCACUUCCUCCUGAAGAUCGACGAGAAGCUCUCGCUCCUGGAGAAGAAGUACAAGAUCUACCGGUAUCACCAACGACGAGCUGAAGCCGGAGACUUCCAAGAAGUGAGUAGGCCAGCUCCGACUUUCGUGGAUGCAGGUGUCGAAACUGACAUCAAGAUGGGUGAUUUCGUGACCCAGAUGGAGUACGUACAAUUGGUGGACAGCAUUGAAGCUACGCAUAUUCCUCGAGAAGAACAUCAAAGAGCACUGGCUGAGCAGGAGACCAACUCCCAGCUCAAUGCGCACCACCGAGUCCAACGACCCGUCUACUUCACCCAACACGGCAGAUGCUGGCAUGCAGAUUACUUCUGCGUGAGAGGCCAAGCAUCGACAAGAAUCCACCAGCGUGAGUUCUGUACCCGCUGCUGCCAGACUUUGGGGACUGCGAUGGCACCACAGGACUGGGAGCGCGACCUUUGA